UCCGUCCAAUCAGAUGGCUGCGGAGGCGGGGCUUCCUCGUCCAGCCCGCGGGCCUCCGCCGAGCCGCCUGUCCUCCUUUCGCCUGGCGGUCAAAAUGGACUUCUUGCUGGGAAAUCCUUACAGCACUCCGGUGGGACAAUGCGUGGAGCGGGCCACCGACGGGGGGCUCCAGAACGAAGACUGGGCCCUCAACAUGGAGAUCUGUGACAUCGUCAACGAGACGGACGAAGGGCCAAAAGAUGCCAUGCGAGCGCUCAAAAAACGACUCGGCGGCAACAAGAAUUACCGCGAAGUCAUGCUGGCGCUUACGGUCGUGGAGACGUGCGUGAAGAACUGCGGCCACAGGUUCCACGUUCAGGUCGCCAACAGAGAUUUCGUCGACGGCGUUUUGGUCAAAAUCAUCUCCCCGAAAGCGAAUGCGCCCGCCGUCGUGCAAGACAAAGUGCUGUCGCUCAUACAGGCCUGGGCCGACGCUUUCCGAAGUCGUCCCGAUCUGACCGGGGUGGUCCACGUCUACGAGGAGCUGAAGAGGAAGGGCACCGAGUUCCCCGUGGCGGAUCCGGAUGCGCUGUCCCCCAUCCACACCCCGCAGCGCGGCACACCCGAGGUGGGCCCAGCUACGAUCAAGUACGUCGCCCCGGCGAGCAGCCCCGCCGCCGCGCCGUCUCCGAAACCUGCCGCGGAGGUCCUGCCCCGCGGGCCCGUCGCAGCGACUCCCCGGCAGGUGGCGCGGCUACGCGGCGACUUGGACGUGGUGAGAGGCAACGUUAAAGUCUUGUCAGAGAUGCUGACCGAGACGGUCCCCGGCCAGGAAGACGGAGCCGAUCUAGAACUGCUCCAGGAGCUGCACGGGACCUGCAAAGCGAUGCAGCAGCGAGUGGUGGAGCUCGUCUCGCGCGUGUCCAACGAGGAAGUGACCGAGGAGCUCCUGCACGUCAACGACGACCUCAACAACGUCUUCCUCCGAUACGAGAGGUACGAGAGGUACCGGUCGGGGAGAGGCGCUCGCAACAAAGAGAUUUUAGGCGAGCCCACCGACGACAACCUGAUAGAUUUGGGUCCCGGCUCCCCGGCCGCGGUCACGCCCGGGGUCCCGUCCGGCCCCCCGCGUCACGGCGACGCGGCCCCGAACCCCGCCGAAGCCUCGCUGUCCUCGGCCCUGGCCGGCCUCGACGUGGGUCUCGCAAGUGGACCGAACCGCAACCAGGACAACUUUGACAUGUUUGCCCAGACUCGGAGCAGCUCCCUGGCUGAGCAGCGCAAAAACGUCAAGUACGAAGAUCCUCAGGCCUCGCCGUUGGAUGUCCGACAGCACGACGCCGGAGGGCCGAGUGUAGAAGCAGAUCCGGAGCUGCCCAUAGACAGCUGGCUUAUCACCCAAGGAAUGAUCCCCGUGUCGCAGUCGUCCGUCAUGGACGACAUAGAGGAGUGGCUCUGUGCUGACGUGAAAGGCGACGCUCCAGAUGAAGGCGUAACCAGUGAAGAGUUUGACCAGUUUCUGGAGGAGCGAGCGAAGGGGUCAGAGACGUCCCCCCCCGCCGAUGACGCGGCUCGUCCCGCUCGCGCUCACAAGAAAGCCCGGCGGACGGAAGACGCCCUCUUUGCCUUGUAGGGUGGCGCUCUCGGGGUCGUCUGGAGGUCAGCGCCCCGGACGAGCCCCCCGCCAAAAUGCUCCUUCGGUCCCAGUUGAUCCUCUCGCCCGCCCGCCGCGGUGUCGCUCCAACAUCCGACGGGCCGCGAGUUGUGAAUGUAUUUGAUGGGUUGCUGCGGGAUGCGGCCCCGCCCGAGGCCCGCUACACACAGACGGACUUUUCACAUCUCGUUUUCCGGUAUCCGAAUCCGCUUUAUUGGUCAACUAUGUCAUCAACACACGCAGGAUUUGUCUCCGGUAGUCGGUCGGAGCCGCCCUCGUACGACGUACACGUUGAGUACCGCGGCAGUUGGCGGACGUGACACGUCCCGGUUGUCGGCACCGUGAGCAUUUUUGCUCAUAAGCAUUGAACCCGGCCGUUUAGAGUGUCGACCCCGACCCGAUCCGGACGCUAAAAUCGGGACAGAGCCGCUCCCCUCGCGCCACACAUUCAUAAUCCUACGGGGGUCAUCUUAUGAGAAGUCUUAUUUGAACAUGCUUGGUGAGAGGAAGUAGCAAAAUCGUCAGCCCGAUUGUCUUUUGUGUGUACCGGGCCUCACUUGGCAAUUAGAAUCCUCCAGCCCGACUCACUAGACGAGCUUCACAAAUAACAAGUUGGAUUGAUAGAAACAAACCUAACACAGGCUAAUUGCUAACGUAUGCAUUUAUUGCUUCAAUGGUUCUGUGCUUCUGGUCUUCUAUUUUCAUCCCCGCACCCAUAUAAGUAUUACCAGUAAGACAUAAGCAGCUGCUAGCAUGAAGCGCAAGUGUAAUAACGCCUUCAUAAGAAUUUGAGGGCGCCGCGAACAACAGACAAGAUGUCGGUAAAAUGCGGACGUCAGCAGCUUUGCGACCAAAGGGAAUCGGCGCCACGCGGAGAUCGUGGUCUCGCGCAACAAACUGAGUUUGGAUAACCAGGCAUUGCCGGGUUGAAAAUG